CCUUUUCUAGGGCGCAACAAACAAGCCGUCCAUAUAAAACCGGUUUGCAAGGUACGUUUUAGUUAGUGUAUUUACAGGAGCCUGUAAGCAGGUCAAAGGAAAAAGACUACUCACGAUGUGGCUGUAUCUGGUGGCUGUUUUCGUCAUCCUGGCGUCAGUAUGGCUGUGGCAGAGGAUAGACAGUUUCCGUGUGUUCAAGAAGAUGGGAAUCAACGGUCCUCCGCCAAACCUCAUAUUCGGAAAUUUCAGACAGAUAAUGUCCCAGCCAGUUUGGAUGGCAUACAGAAAGUGGGAACAGCUCUAUGGAAAAACGUUUGGGGUCUUCUUCCUCAGUUCUCCCAGUAUAGUGACCUCAGAUGUCGAUUUUCUGCAAGAAGUCUUUGUCAAACAGUUCAGUAAUUUUCACCAAAGAGCAAUUCCUAAUUCAAUAGACACGGAAGAUGAAGAAACACAGAUGGUUUUCGCGAAAGGAAAACGAUGGAAGCGCUUACGUGUAAUAAUCAACCCGACCUUCUCCUCCCUCAAAUUGAAACAAAUGGCGCCAAUGAUCCAGGAGUCGGUGAACAGUUUCAUAGAUUCAAUGGAGAAGCGUUGCCAGGAAGAAAAACCGUUCGAUAUCCACGGUGAAUUCCAAGGCCUUACCCUGGAAGUCAUUGGCUCAUGUGGCUUUGGUCUCGAGAUUAACUCAGUGCGAGAUAACACGUCACCAUUUUUGGCAGCAUGUCGUAAAGUGUUCAGCACGUCACUGAUGAUGAAGUGGCCAAUGUUAAUUUCCGAUCUUUUCCCAUCGUUGACCGGUCUAGCCAAGGUGUGGAACAAAUAUCUGAUGAGAAAGACGAGACAUGACAUAAAUGUACUUGCCAGGGCUGCCGUACAGUCCAGAUUAAAUGAUCCAAAGUCUCGACGCGUGGAUCUUCUACAGCUAAUGUUGGACGCCAGAACUGACAAUCUGGACUCGACUGUACCCCAAGCGAUGACGGACAGUGACGUAAUAACAACACAAGAGGGAGGCGAAACGGGUCAGCAGAACGACUCUUCGUCAUCUCAAAGAAGAAUUACACAGAAGGCCAAACUCACAGAAAAGGAGAUCCAAACGCAGUGUUCGUCGUUUCUGUUGGCUGGAUAUGAAACCACCAGCACCGCCCUGGCCUACGCCGCCUACCACCUAGCAACGAGUCCAGAGGCGCAGAAAGCUCUCCAGGAGGAGGUAGACCAAUACUGCAUUGGAGAGGGUCCUCCAUCGUAUGAGACCAUAAGUAAGAUGCAGUAUUUGGACAUGUUCCUCAAGGAAACGCUACGACUACACCCUGUCGCUUCAGUUGGACCAGAGAGAACAGCCGAGGAAUCAUGCACAGUGAUGGGUGUUCACAUUCCCAAAGGCAUGAGUGUCCGCUGUAACAUAUACAGUAUCCACAUGGAUCCCGAUCACUGGGGACCCCCAGAUCCCAGCCUCUUCUGUCCUGAACGGUUCACAGCAGAGAGGAUUGCUAAGCGUCACCCUAUGGCCUGGCUUCCAUUUGGGGCAGGCCCCAGAAACUGCAUUGGUAUGAGGUUCGCCCUGAUGAAGGCCAAGAUGACCUUGGCGUGUCUCGUGAAGAAGUUCAGCGUUGAGAGCUGUUCAGAGACGCAGAUCCCACUGGUUCACGUAGCCAAGAGCACAGUGCAGCCAGAGAAAGGUGUCACCGUGCGUCUUACAAGGCGGAAUGUAGUGGUCAAUAAUACUGAAUAAUAGACAUUAACUGAACGUAUUCACAAGGUUCCAUAGCACGUGUCAUAAUUGUCAAUAUCUGUCAGCAAGACUUAGCUUACAUACUUUUUCAAUUUAAUCAACAUACUUUUUAUAGAGAUAUUAUUUCACAAUGCGUUUUAAAACAAUGUGCAGCGUAACUCCAGCUAUCCAAUAUGAGAUGUCUGUACACAUACCAAUAUACAGUGAUGAAUAUAACAAAUAUGUUUUCAUUUUUCAUAUAAAA